AUGCUUAAAGUCAUCACUCGAGCAUUUUUCUUUUCAAUGCCAAAAGUAGCCCCAGGUCCAGACUACCAAGCGAAGAUGGACGAAUUUUCACAAAAAUACAACAAAAUCUUUACAACUGAAGAACAAGAACGAUUGAGGAAGCAGAAAUCGACAUUAUCCCCAGAGCAGAUUGAAAAGAUUGAUAUAGUUCUUAACCAGAUCUUGAAUUUGUCUGUUUCCGAAAUGAGGGUGUUAAGAUACAACAUUAGCUUAAACUUAUUUCAGACUGGGCUACUUUGAUAUUAUUAGCCCAGUCACAAGAAUCCCAUAGGGGAUUCUACCUCUUUGCGAAGUUACCAGGGAGAGCUUGCUCGAGUGAGAUGAGAUUCAUGGGUAGCCAAGUCUUGGACAUCACCUUUUUUCUCUUUCAGCGCCUACUUCCACGGUCAUCUGAAGUAUAGUUCUAUAUCUCUAUCUCCUCUUUCUUUUCAGCUCCAGUGUUGAGUGGGGAGGCUUGCUGCUUGGUUUGAAAGAAGUCUGUCUACAAAAAAAUCCCAAAAAAUAUAUAAAUUCUGGUCGACUUUCAUCAAAUAGGAAAAAAAUCAUACCCUGAGGCGUAGCUCUCAGUUUCACACUAGGAAAUUUGCAGAUUGGUCUAUUUAUUGUCUUUCAAUAAUUUUGGGCUUUCCCUUUCCAACUCUGAUUUCCUCUUCCCUCGAGGUAAAAUGCGGACUAGGACUAGGCACUGUUCAUUACCAGAAUUGCUUACCUAGCAUAACCCCAUUUGUAGGUUAGCUGGAUAUAUUUAAAUAUGUGCUCUGCAGGAGGCAAUGCCCAGGCUGAGAGACACCAUAUUUAUUUAUGAUACAACAUCGCUAAAUUCAAAGGAUCUGAAUACUCCUGGCCUAUUUUUGAAAGAACUAAUAAACCACAAUUGGGAUAUACUUUUUUAAAUAAUGAUAUAAAUUCUUAUAAAUUAACAUAAAUAAACAUUUGUUUUAAAAAUAAUAUAUUAGUGUCAAUAUUAACUAUUGGUUAUAUAUUAAAUCGUCAUAUAAUUUAGCUCAAGGACCAUUAGGGGAAUUAGGCUUUGCAGAAAAGCCAGCCGAGUUUUUAGAGCAAAUCGUAUUUUCUGCACCUACAGAAAAGGUAGAAACAACCCAAAAAGUUGAAGAGAAAAAGGUAGAAAAAGAUAUUUUCAAUUUGGUAUUAAAAGGUUUUGACCCCGCCACCAAAGUGAAGCUUAUUAAACAAGUUAAAGACAUGCUUGGACUAGGCUUAAAAGAAUCUAAAGAAUUCGUAGAAAAUGUCGCUAAUGGCCCUGUGUUGCUUUUCAAGAAUGUGUCUAAAGAAUCUCAUAAAGAAAUCGCUGAAAAAUUAGUAGCGAAUGGAGGAAUUAUUGAGUUUCAGUAA